UAAGAACACGUUGGAUAGACUACAACCUCGAACCACAGUGCAAACCGUAUUGCCAGAGAGGACUCCGUGUCCGUGACUGGCUUGUUUUUAAGUCUGCAGGAAAUUAAUACACUGGCUUAGGCUAGGACAACAAUCCAAGAGUUCACGCCUCCUGUACUUUUAAACGUCGUAAAGUGGGCGGACUUUCGGUUUCAGAAGGUUUAGCAAGAUGGCGCGAAUUCCGUGUACUGUUUAUGUUCUAUGACAAUACAGUCUAUCCGAUAACCAUGGUUUACACUUUCAAAACAACAUAACGUUAGUAACCUUUCAAUGUCCAAACAGAAUAACCAAUCCCUAUAAAUGGCCGUGCAAAUGUGAAGGAAAUUAUGUGACGCCGCCCGCAAACCAAGUCUCCAACUCAGGUAAGGGGGCUGACCGCGUAGAACUUGUUUAAAACAUCACAGCCUGCCCUGCAACACGUUCGUCUUUCGACGGUAGACUUUCUGCGAGUUCGCCCUUUCCCGAAUGGUCCACUGAGUCGCCGACGUUGGUAGUGGUCAAAAUGCCUGGACAAGAAGCUAACUCCCAGGCCGUCCCUGACCCACGUACAGCUGCUAAUGCACGAAGAAUUAUCUUCAUCACUUAUAUAAUCGCCAUGGUGGAUAUAACAUGUAUAUUCCUUCAAAUCUCCGUAACUCCCUACUUGGCAAAAAGGCUGGGAUUUGACACAAUCUGGUUUGGGUAUCUACAAACGAUGGUGGGUAUAAUUCAACUGUUUGGAGGUCCUUUGUACGGCAGAUUUGGGGACCUGUUCGGGGCACGUGCGGCCUUCACGCUGUCCUCCGUGGCCUCCAUCGUCUUCUACGUCCUCCUUGGAUUGGCCAACAGCAUGCCCAUGCUCUUCAUCCAAAAGCUGCCCACUGUCUUCAUGCACACCCUUUCAGGAGCUCAAAUGGUGGUGGCGGACCUGACUGAGCCGGACCAGCGGGCCGACUCCCUGGCCAAGCUGGGCUUGUGCUUCGCCAUCGGAAUGAUUGCCGGGUCUUCCCUCGGUGGCAUGCUCAGCACACGAUACGGGGACACCGUCACUGCGGGCGUGGCCACCUGCGGGUGCUUCGUCAACCUGCUGCUAGUUUUGAACUUCAUCCCCAAACACACCAAGAAGCAGUCCAAUCAGGACCCUGCACCUAAGCCGGGCACCACAGCGUCUGUGUUUAACCUGGGCCAGAUCACACGGCUGGUGAGGUUUCCUGGCGUGAUGAGGAUCUUCACCAUCAAGAUCGUCUCUGGUCUGCCGGGGGGUAUCUUCCAGAUGAUGUUCUCCAUCAUCGCCAUGAACUUCUUCCAGCUGCAGGCGGAGCAGACGGGUUACCUGAUGGCGUACUUCGGGGUGGUGCAGAUGGUUGUCCAGGGAGGGGCGAUCGGGUGGCUGACCAGGAGAUACUCCGAAAGUUCCCUUCUGCUCCUGACCAUUGGGAUCACCAGCCUAGUGGGCCUGGCUCAGGCGCUGAUGUCCAACGUGUUCCAGUUUUGCAUCAUCAUAGUUCCCAUGAUGUUCUCCCUGAGCGUGUUCAACGUCAUCACGGACAGCAUGCUGACCAAGAGCGUGCCGUCCUCAGACACAGGCACAAUGCUGGGGCUGUGUGCUUCCGAAAUGUCCCUGGUGCGGACCAUCGGACCCACCAUCGGGGGCUUCCUCUACCAGAACUACGGCGUGGCCUCCUUCGGGUUCGUCCAGUUCGCCGUCAACGUGGGGGUGUUCCUCUACAUGCUGGGCAGCAAUGUGGGACGCACUGAAACCCACAAUAACUGAUCUCCUGGAGGGAAUGCACUUUAGACACGAUGAAUCUCCACAGAUUUUUAUCCAGCCUUAAUCACUUUGUGUCAUGUUUAUUUUUGUACAUUGCAUUCAGAUGAAGUUAUUCACUUU